AUGUUUAAGGGAGGAGACAGCCUUAUCUUUCACCCCAAGAAGCGGAAGAAACUGGCCCAGAGGCUCCAGGAAGCUAAGGAGAACACAGAGGCGGUGAACUCCAAAUGCGCUUCCUUGGAGAAAACCAAGCAGAGGCUGCAAGGGGAAGUGGAUGACCGGAUGCUUGCCCUGGAGCGUGCCAACACUGCCUGUGCCACCCUGGACAAGAAGCAGAGGCGCUUUGAUAAGGGCCUUGCGGGAUGGAAGCAAACACGGGAUGGAAGCCAGGCUGAGUGGGAAGCUGCCCAGGAAGAGCCCAGGUCCCCCGGGCCUCAAAUCUUCAAGAUGAGGAAUGCCUGUGAGGAGGUGGUAGACCAGAUGGAGACCCUGAAGCGGGAGAACAAGAACCGACAAGGUGAACUCUCUUCUAGCCAGAGCUUCCCCUUGUCCUCCUGCCACCUUUGUCCACACACAGCGGCCAUGAUGGCCGAGGAGCUGAAGAAGGAGCAGGACACGAGUGCCCACCUGGAGCGGAUGAAGAAGAACCUGGAGCAGACGGUGAAGGACCUGCAGCACCGGCUGGAUGAGGCGGAGCAGCUGGCCCUCAAGGGGGGCAAGAAGCAGACCCAGAAGCUGGAGAACCAGCCUCCCGGCAAGCCUGCCUGA